UGUUUUCGUUUAUCAUUGGAGUGUCAGUGUACGUGAGGGACCAGUCGCCUUUAUUUAUAACUUUUUAUCUAAUAUUGUGAUAAAAGUAAAGACUUUAAUUAAAUUUUAAAAUGUUUUGGACUCUAUUGAUAUUAGCAGUGUUAAUCUUAAUAUUUUAUCAUUAUAUCAACCAUUUGUUUAGAGAUGAAAAAUUUGACAAGAUCCCAGGACCUAAAGGGACAUUCCUUAUUGAAAAUGGACUCGACUUUUUAAUGGAGUCUGCUCCAUUAUUCACAUAUUUUCGCAAUUUGGGAAAUAAAUAUAAAGAUCUCUACAAACUAAAAAUAUUUAAUAAAAAGGUGGUCCUAAUAUACAACCCAGAGGACAUUGAGACAGUGUUAACGAAUACAAAAUACAAUGAUAAAGGAUUUAUGUACUAUUUUCUUCGACCGUGGUUAAACGACGGCCUUCUUGUGAGUGACGGAGCAAAGUGGCGUCAGCGGAGGAAAAUUUUAACUCCAGCAUUUCACUUUAACAUACUCCGGCACUUCAACACUAUAUUGGUGGAGAACAGCGAGAAGUUAGUGGAGAGUCUCCGGCCAGAAACAGACAAGUCGGGAACGGACAUUUACUCUUUCAUAGCUAGCAUGACAUUAAAUUCUAUAUGUGAAACGGCAAUGGGUACAUCUUUGGAUGAGAAGGACAUUGGAAAAAAAUAUAAAAAUGCAGUACAUAUACUGGGAAAAUACUUAUUUUAUAGGGGCGAACGAUUUUGGCUUUAUCCUAUGGCAUUGUUUAACUUGAGUUCUGUUGGGCGAAGUCAGAAGAAAUUAUUGAAUUUAAUUGGUUCUUUUCGUGAUCAUGUUAUAAAGCAGAGGCGAGAAGAUGGCACGUACAAGAACCUAUAUACAGAGGUUAUGAACAAAAAGGACGAUGAUGUCGUUAUAGGAGAAAAAAAACGAAUGGCGAUGUUAGAUUUGUUAAUAGAAUCAGAGAAGAAAGGACAGAUAGACAUUGAGGGGAUCAACGAGGAAGUCGACACGUUCAUGUUUGAGGGACACGACACAACAGCGACUGCACUCCAGUAUGCGUUAAUGCUGAUUGCGAAUUAUCCAGAGGUUCAGGAUAAAAUAGUCGAAGAGUGCAGACGCAUAUUCGGCACAUCCUAUCGGAAGCCAACGAUGUCUGACUUAACAGAAAUGAAGUAUUUAGAAUGUUGUAUCAAGGAAACCUUAAGACUCUAUCCGUCGGUGUAUUUUAUCAUUAGAUAUUGCAAACAAGAAUUAAAAUUGAAAAAUUACAAUUGCCCAGCUGGUUCAGAUUGUUCAAUUUUAAUAUUCGACUUGCAUCGACGUAGUGAUCAGUUCGUCGAACCUCUCAAGUUCCGUCCGGAGAGGUUUCAGGAGGAACCCACUUGGCACCCAUUUGCUUACAUACCAUUCAGCGCAGGAUCCCGCAACUGUAUAGGUCAAAAAUUUGCUAUGAUGGAAAUGAAGUUGGUGAUAUCUGCUGUUCUUCAACAAUACCGUUUGUUACCAGUCACCAAGCCGGAGGACAUCGUCUUUAUCGCCGAUAUCAUUUUACGUACAAAGGAUCCCGUUUACGUUAAAUUUGAAACACGUUAAUAGGUUUAAAUUACAUUUAUUAAUAUGUUUGAUGUUUUUUAUAACAAUUCAAAAAUACUAUUUGAAUAAGCAUUAUAAUAUUAAAAUACAAAUAGUUAAUGACCCUUAUUACUCAUAAAAUAAAACAUUUUGGAUUAAGAGACUGCGACUUAAGCUCGGGUUCCGUGGCACGACUGAUCAUGAAUAAUAAUAAUUUUGAAUACUAACCUUAACGUAACUCUGGUUCAUUUUACAAGAACAACUACUCGAGUUACCUUCUCUUUUGAUUGUUUUCCGGAACGGCAGUAGUGUAAUAAAUAUUGACUAUCCAAAGUCGCUAUAUAUAUAUGUAAAAUUUUCUUAAAUAAAAUUAUAAAUAUU